AUGAACCAUGGAUCGUCUACCGCUGGAGUUAAAGCAUUCAAUUGCUGGAGUGGUAAGGAUAUUGUGAACCGCCAGUGGAACCAGAUAAUUACGCCUGGUCUUUAUAAAGAUCUUACUAUCCGCCUGAAGUCCGACGAGCCACCUCAUCGUGCGCUUCAGCUGCUAGAUGCCACCCUAGUCCUCCCGCACAUCAGAUAUCUAACACUCGUUGAUCUAACUGCCUCUAACCUCGGUACUACUGUGGACGUGGGGAGGUAUCUCAAUGAAACCCUCCCCGAGAAUAUCAAUGUCCCUCCCGUACUGCGUGGAUAUAAAGGGAGUUGGGACCCGAUUAUCUCCCUCAUACAACGAUUGCCAUGUCUGGAACGGCUUCAUCUCCUACUUCCCCCGUCUUAUCCGUCGGAACUGCUGGAUACCCUUGCAGAGACCCAUCCAAACUGUCAAUUGUCGGUGGUCUCUGCCAGUCCAGAUACCUACAGAGCAGACAUUACACAAACUAAAUGGAUACGCUCCCCCGUGCUGAAUGCCGCCUGGGUCGUUUAUCAUGAAAAUCCACAUCAUGUGCACUACACCGAGCAUCCUGAUCGCUUUCUGCGAAAUAUUCUCUACCAAGCGCCUGGUAUGAAGCGUCUGACGUUGCAGAUCAGCGCCACGGCUGGUCUGAGCUCAUGCCCCAAGUACGCCAAGUGGCUGCAGGCCCAGCCGUUGGAGAAUGAGAUCGAUGCUAAUCCGCGCGCGCAAUUGGAAAUCCUCUCAUUGCCGCUGAUAAGUAGCAUGACAGCACAGAAGUUGCAGGCAUGGUCCCGGGUCACAGAUCUUAAGUGCCUCACCGCAUGGACAGCCGGCGGCAUCGAAGAUAUAACCCUAUUUACUACCAUCGCAGAACUGCAACCUUUCCGAGCCCUAAAGCGGCUAACCCUCACCCUCAACCCGCCGUCAAACUCCCCCGCCUGGCCACCGUCAGUCAAAGCUAUGUUUGACGCGCUCCCGCCCCUGACUUAUCUCUGCCUGCUGGGCAGCUACGACCCGGAAUGGCUCCCCACCGGCGUUCUGGACCGGCACGGCCCAACGCUGACCGAGCUGCAGCUGCACAGGCCGCGGCCCCGGUUCCAGAACUACGAGACCUACCGACUUCGGCAGAAAGGGGAGAUUGCCCCGAUCUUCCCCGCGGAGGUGAUUGUCCGCAUGGGGACCCGCUGCCCUGUACUGCAAACGCUGCGGAUCUGCGUGCAGCGGCACCGGGGCCACCCGGUCGAGACGGCAGCCUACGAUGCCCUGGGCCAGUUCCCUGCGCUGCAGACGCUGGACCUUCUCCUCCACUGCCCGCCGAUGAUGGUACCGGGUCAUAGGGCACCUUUUCCGCCGAGGGAUCUAAGCCCGUGGGAGCAAGAGCUCAUUCCGAUCGCGAUUGAUCAUUACCCCCUGUGGACCUUCCGGGAUUGCCUGAUAAACUGCGCGUUCGACGAAGCGCUAGUCACAGCGAUCUUCACACGGAUCCGGACGGGCCGGGUGACGGGAGGACGCUUGCGACUUCUCCGGCUGCACGCGCUCGCCAGCAAAUAUGUGCUCGGGGGCGGCAAGAUGAAUUCCGCCAUGUUCGGCGCGUGGCAGGUCGAGUGGAACGGGGCCAGCGGGGUGCGGGCGGAAAACAGGUUCAGCUCCCACCCAGACGUAGGCCGUAUGAUGAGGCCCCGAGACCUGGACAUCUUCAGGUCCAUCUGGCCGUCGGACAGGGAACCAGGGACCUGGCCUUUGGAGUGGCAUAGCUGGCCUCUGCAGUAA